AUGGGAUUGAUAAAAAAGACAACAGGGCUAAUGGGUCUAGCUGUAAAUCCAAAUCCUCAUCACACUUUGGGCGCAUUGUAUGGUAAAAUAUUAAGAACUUUGCAAAAAAUGCCUGAACAGUCAGUCUACAGGAAAUAUACAGAACAAAUUGUUAAAGAAAGAGCAGCAGUCCUUCAACAGACAAAAGACAGUUAUGAAAUCGAAAAUAAAAUUAAUUGUGGUCAAGCCGAAGAAUUAAUUAUACAAGCGGAAAAUGAGUUGAAUUUAGCUCGAAAAAUGUUGAAUUGGAAGCCAUGGGAACCUCUUGUUGCCAAACCUCCUAAGGGCCAAUGGGAUUGGCCACCAUCUAAAGCCUAA